AUGGCUUCUUAUCAAACUCAAUAUUACUUCCCUCAUUUUCCUCCACCGCCAUCUCCUCAUUUCGUAUCACCACCACCUCCUGCAACCCCUACACCUUCAGCACCGCCUCCACAUACAAUCCCACCACCACCACCACCACAUGCAGUGCCACCAACACUCCCACCACCACCAUCUCCUCCACAUAAGAUCCCUCCACCACCACCACAUGCCAUCCCACCACCACCUCCUCCACAUAAGAUCCCUCCACCUCCACCACAUGCCGUCCCACCACCGCCUCCACCGGCUCCGGGGAACCAUACCACAAUCAUUGUGGUGGUGUUUGUCUCGUGUGGUGGUGUUUUCUUCUUGGCAUUUGUGGUGGCGGCGUUGUGGUGUUUUCUCAAGAAGAAGAAGAAGAUGGUUCGCAAGGCAGAAAAUGUGCACAUUGAUGAACACCGACAUGUGGCAGAGAGAAUGGUACAAGGACCACAUGGGACUGAAAGUGUGAUACUUUCUGUGGAAGAUGAUAUACACAUUGAAGAAGAUAUAAGGAAGAGUGAGUUGGAGAAUUUCAGAAAAGGGUUGCAUUUGAAUUCCGGCAAUAUUGCUGGUGUGGUUGAUGCUGGAGAACCAUCCUCUAGUUCCGGCCAUCACCACCUGCCUGGUCAGAAGUCUUGA